AUGGCAGCUGUGGUGAGAAACCAGGGGCAAAUUCAUUUGUUUCUCUUUGCAACAUUUUAUUUCUUCUUUUUUCUUUUCAACAUAUCCUUUCUUAUUUUCUCUUUUUCCUUCUUUUCAUUUUCUGCCUCUGUCUCACUCCUGUGUCCAAUUAUCUACCUCUUUAAUGUCUUUUUUCUUACAAUUUCUCCUGUCUUCCUUCCUAACUUUCUUUCCUUACUUUUAAUAUAUUUCUAUAGACUUUUUCUUAUUCUUUUUCCUUUUUCUUUUAUUCUUUUUCCUUUUCCUUUUUCUUUUAUUCUUUUUCCUUUUCCUUUUUCUUUUAUUCUUUUUCCUUUUCCUUUUUCUUUUAUUCUUUUUCCUUUUCCUUUUUCUUUUAUUCUUUUUCCUUUUCCUUUUUCUUUUAUUCUUUUUCCUUUUCCUUUUUCUUUUAUUCUUUUUCCUUUUCCUUUUUCUUUUAUUCUUUUUCCUUUUUCCUUUUUCUUUUAUUCUUUUUCCUUUCCUUUUUUUUUUAUUUUUUCUUUUUCCUUUUCCUUUUAUUCUUUUUCCUUUUCCUUUUAUUCUUUUUCCUUUUCCUUUUAUUCUUUUUCCUUUUCCUUUUCCUUUUUCUUUUAUUCUUUUUCCUUUUCCUUUUUCUCUUUUUCUUUUAUUCUUUUUCUUUUAUUCUUUUUCUUUUAUUCUUUUUCUUUUAUUCCUUUUCUUUUAUUCCUUUUCCUUUUUCUUUUAUUUCUUUUUCCUUUUUCUUUUAUUUCUUUUUCCUUUUCUUUUUUCUAUUCUUUUUUUUCUCUCACUCUUUGCCAUUUAUUUUUCUCUCAUUCUUCUUCCUUUUUUUCAUUGUCUCUAAUUUCUUCAUUUACCUUUUUCUUUCCUUUCUUUUUAUGGCUCAUGUUCAUGUAUUCUUUCAUUUCUUUCUAUAAAUCUUUUCUUCCUUGA